UGAGAAAAGUAAGAUCUCAGCAGAGAAAUCAAUGGAAGAAAGCAUUUUGCAGAUGCAGAGAUCUCUAAAAUGGCUGCAAGAUGUAACAACUGGAGCCAUAGGUUACGAGCUGGAGUCCCGAACCCUUCAAGGUCUUCAGGUCAUCCGUGCCCAGAGGGGUUUCCUACGUUGUAGUUUCAUCGUUCCAACUCAUGCAUCCGAUGUAAAUGGGAAUUGGCACGUCGGAGCAAUAGCAACGAUAAUCGACAACGUUGGAGGCGCCGCCAUAUACUCCAUUGGUGACCAUUUAAAGGUCACUGUUAAUUUCAACAUAUCCUAUUAUUCAACUGCUAAGAUUCAGGAAGAAGUAGAGAUAGAGGCAAAGGUAAUAGGGAACAAGGGAAAGCUUACAUCAGUGGUGGUGGAUGUUAGAAAGAAACACAACGGAGAGUUAAUUGCAAUUGGUAAACAAUGGACGGCUUCUAAUGAUUAUAGAUCACCUCAACCUCGACCUAAGCUUUGAGAAUCAUAUAUAUUGUAGUUUUUUUUUAAUAUAUGAUAG